AUGUCCAGGGCCCGGGGAGUGCCUCCGGUCCGGUUGAGCGUCGUCCUGCUGCUGGUGCUGAUGGCUAAUUGUGCGCGGACUGCCUCGUUUGCUGAUAUGGUGCGCUGGCUUCUCAAGUCGGGCAAGGACGACUUGGAGGCGGAAGGUCUAUACUAUCCAAAAGUCGAGUUUUCUAUGAGGAAACAGCGUACCGUCGAGCAGCAUAUUCCCUUUCCCUGCGAUCUCCAGAACAGCAGAUCAUCGUUGCCACCUACAAAUGUUAAUCAAGUCAGACCUGGUGACAUUGACGUAAUCGGCGCAAUAGGUGAUUCUCUGGUGGCAGGAAGCGGGGCCUUAGAAGAGUUUGCCAUUGGUACAUUUAUUGAGGCUCGAGGGGUCAGCUGGUGCAUCGGUGGUCAAGACACUUGGAGAAAAUAUCUUACGGUUCCGAAUAUUCUAAAGGAAUUCAAUCCAAGACUGACAGGCUAUUCAACUGGCACUGGGGAAUUUAUUUCUCGCAAGGCACGCCUGAACAUUGCCUAUCCAGUGGCUGCAACCGAGGAUGCACUUCAUCAAGUAAAAAUCCUCAUGCAGAGGAUGAGAAGCGAUCCUAGCAUCGAUAUUUACCAACAUUGGAAGAUGAUAACGAUAUUUUUCGGUGCAAACGAUGUUUGUUCAGCGCAGUGUUAUAAUCCAACAGAAUUUUCCCCCGUAAGAUAUGCUAUACACUUGCGGAGAGCUUUGGACUACUUGAGAGCAGCGUCACCCCGUACCAUUGUUAAUUUGGUUCCUGCAAUAGAUGUAACUGUGUCAGUUCGAGUACCAAAUCGCAGUAUAAUGUGCAGCGUUUUGCACCCUCUAUAUUGCGCUUGCAUGCACCGAGGGAGUCAACCAGAUAUUACGGCAUCUAAGAUGUCCCACAUGUAUCAACAAGCCGCUGAAGCUCUAGUUGCCUCUGGAAGAUACGAUAACAACGAUGAUUUUACUGUGAUUCUCCAACCAUUCAUUAAGCUUUUCAAUGCUCCAAAUGCUAAUCCAAGAAAAGCAUCGCCAAUCGACUCAACUCUAGUCACACACGAUUGUUUCCACUUUAGCCAAAAAGGGCAUGCACUAGGUGCCAAUCUUCUGUGGAACAAUUUGCUGGAGCCAGUUGGCAACAAGACUGAUAGUGGUUUGCCACGUAUCUUCGAGAGACUACUUUGUCCAAGCACCCGUAGCCCUUACAUUUUUACCAACUUAAACUCAAGGCAUUUUCUUCGUACUGGAAGCCAAGAGAUUGCAGCAGCCAGUUGA